AUCAUAAUAUACGAAAAUGUUCAAUGUUCAACUAGAAUAAAAAAAGAAUGUAAUAUUUGUAAUUAAUCUUAAAUGAAUCUUUGAAAAUAUUUUUACAAAAAUAAUACAGAAUGUUAGAUGCCAAAACAUUUUCAUAUAAGAAAUAUUUAAUUGAAGCUGUCAUAGCUCUAGUGUGUGUGUUUAUUUUUUGUGAAUAUUUAUUAUAUUAUCUUGUGCUUAUUCAGUGUACAUGGCCUAUUUUGGAACCACAUAAAAUCGAUAUGACUAUUACUCAAAUCAAACCAGAAGAAACUCCUGUACAUGCAAUGUUUAUAGCAGAUACUCAUUUAUUAGGUUCUAAACAUGGACAUUGGUUUGAUAAAUUAAGAAGAGAAUGGCAAAUGUAUAGAGCAUUUCAAACUAUGAUUACACUUCAUAAACCAGAUAUAAUUUUUAUAUUAGGUGAUUUAUUCGAUGAAGGACAAUGGAGUAGUUCUACAGAAUUUGAUCAAUAUGUACAAAGAUUCCAUUCAUUAUUUUCAGUACCUAAACAUAUUCAUCUUUAUGUUGUUGCUGGAAAUCAUGAUAUUGGAUUUCAUUAUGGAAUUACACCAUAUUUAAAUCAACGAUUUGUAAAUGGUUUAAAGUCACCAAGUGUAAAAAGAGUUAGUAUUAGAGGAAAUCAUUUUGUUUUAAUUAAUAGUAUGGCAUUGGAAGGAGAUGGAUGUUUUUUAUGUCGUCCUACAGAAAUUGCAUUAAAUAAAAUUGCUACACAUUUAAAAUGUGCAAAAAAUACAGGAAAUAAUUGUAACAAAGAUAAUGUAAUUUCAAGAUAUAGUAGACCAAUUAUUUUACAGCAUUUUCCAAUGUAUCGCGAAUCUGAUGAAAUUUGCAAUGAACUUGAUCAAGCACCAGAUGAAAUAAAAGAUAUCAAGUUUAGAGAACGAUGGGAAUGUUUAUCAAAAGAAGCAUCUGAACAACUUUUAGAUAUAUUGAAUCCAAGACUUAUUAUUAAUGGACACACCCAUCAUGGCUGUAGAAGAAUUCAUAGAAAAGAUAUAUUGGAAUUUACAAUAUCAUCUUUUAGUUGGCGUAAUAAAGAUAAUCCUUCACUACUAUUGGCAAUUGAUGAAAUGGAACAAAGAGAUCUUCCACAGGCAUUUCGCUUGCUUGGGGAAAUGAAUGCUAAUGUCCUACAAGUUAAUCAACUUGUAGACAAUAUGUUAGUCCGUGUCAAAAAUGGAGAAAUUUCUACAGAUAAGGGUCUUAGUUUUCUAGAAAUGAAAUAUCAUAUGUUACUUUCUUAUUUGAUUAAUUUAACUUAUGUGGUUUUGAGAAAAUGUUCUGGAGAACGUAUAGAAGGAGAUCCAUCAAUUGAUCGCUUAAUUGAAAUAAGAACUGUCCUAGAAAAAAUCCGACCAAUAGAUCACAAAUUAAAAUAUCAAAUAGAUAAACUUGUUAAGACUGCUGUAACUGGUACUAUUAACAAUGAUGAUCCAACUAAUUUUAAAGCAAACCCAGAUGCAUUUGAUAGUAAUGAUGAAGAAUCUGAUAGUGAUCAAGAUAAAGUAGAUGGUUUCAAAUCAAUACAGGCAAGAAAAUCUAAUAUUUAUGUACCACCAAAACUUGCUGCAGUACAUUAUGAUGGAGAUGAAACAAUUACUGAAAAAAUUCGUAAAGCAGGAGAAAGAGCUCGCAGACGUGCAGUGUCAGGUGCUGUUUUAAGAGAAUUAAAAGAAGAAUAUUUAGAUGCUCCUAUUGAAGAUAAACAUGGAUUAGCAGAAAAGCAAGCUAGUCUAGGUCGAGAAAAUAAGCGGAAGAUAGAAUAUGAAGAAAAUUAUAUGACGCGUUUACCUGUUACUAAACAAGAAAAACACAGACGUCAUCAAAUAACAACUAUUGGUACACUUGGAGAAGAAAUUACAACUUUUGGAGAAUCAUCUUCAGUAUCUGCUAAAAAGAGAAAAGCUCAAAAAAAAGGCAAAGCUAAAAAAAAAAAAACGGCAUCAUUAAAUCGAGUUUAUAAAAAUUUAAAAAGCUGAAUUUCAUACAGCAUUAAUAAUUAAGGUAAAAUGCAAAUUUACUUCAAUUCUUCUUGACAAAUGCAGAUGCCAUAAUACUCGUUAAUAAGUUAAGAUAAUAACUCAUAAACAACUAGUUAUAAAAAAAAAAACAAUCGUCGACGGUGAAAUAAAAUAGCACGAUGGUAAUUUAUUACUACAUAAGACAUACUAAUGGUGUAAUAAUUGAUAAUUAUAGUUAAUAAUGAUUUUAAUCUUUAAUUGUUGUCUAAAAUCAAUUUUUAUCUAUGGGGUUGAAAUAUUCCAUAAGUCACAAAAAAUUUUCUGAUGAUAUUAAGUACAUGAAAAAAUGUCAAAGUACAUACGAGCUUAACUUAAAAAUGUGUAUAAUUGUGACAAUUAAUGAAAUAAUGGAUUUCGGCUCCAGGAUCUAAAAUUGCAAGUUAAACGUACAAGUUGAAAGCAGAAAAAUUUUCUGCUUUAUUUUAAGAUAUUCUGCUAUAGAUGAAAAAACCAAUAACAUAGCAGGAAGGAUGAUAUUGAAUUAAUUGUUACAAAAGCGUAAAAAUCACAAGACAUUCAAUGCAAGAAUUAGAAAAUUCAAGUUUAACAAAAAAUGAUUUUAGAAAUUGCAAGUAUUCUGCAACUUCUAAAAAUAUUGUUCAUCGUGCGAUAUCGCGUGUCUUAGGAUUUUCUCGCUAUUUUAGAGUAGAAUGUAGUAGUUAAUAGUUUUACUAUUAUAUGUAUGUUUCGUUUGUGUUUUUCCCCUGGUAAACUGUUGAGGCUAUUAUAUCUUGAUAUAAGUCAUCAUUUAUGUUAAGUUUAAUUUUUUAUAAUGUGUUUAUGUAUUGUAUUUGUUAUUUUAACUUAGAUUGAUUUGAUUAAGUUGUUAAACUUAUAUUAAAAGUAAUAUAAGGAUAACACGAAUGUGUCAAAAUUCAAAAUUGAUAUUGUCAAUUUCUCAAUUUCUAUUUAGGUUUACUGUAUUUAGUUUUUUAGAGAGAGGGUAUGUGUGAUAUUAAAAGAAAAACUAAUAUACGAAGACUAGAGCGAAAAUCACUUCUGCAAUAGAAUAGAAUUUGUACAAUCAAAUUAUAAGAAAUAUCCAUAUCUUGUGCUUAAAUAGAUUUCAUUUUUUAAGUAUUAGAUGUAACUUUGGGUAUUUUUUUAAACCCAAAACUAACGUUUCCUUUUAAAAUAAAGGAAGAAUGAUAUCAAAUGCAUUUAAUAUAAAUUAUUACAUGGAUAUUUGUAUCCAGUAAUUGUUCCUGCAGAAGUGAUACGCAUUACCUUCAAAAAUACUAAUUCGUUAUAUGCUAUAACCAAGGGCUCAACCAUCCAUAGAUGUUAUAUUUUUUACAGAAGUGUUCAUAGAUUGAGCCAACUUGGUAAUGCAUGAUGUUACAUAUGCCCUCUCUUUUUCAAUCUGUGAAGACGAUUAAAAUGUGAUAAAUUAUUCAUGGAAUAAUAGUUAAAGAAACUAACAGAAUAGCACAAUUGCUGGGCAUUAUUUACAAGUGCUAGCAAGCCUAAUGUCAGCAGCCUUGUCGUAUUUGGUAAUGAAGUUGGAAUACUGAAUAGCGGGAAGAUUUUGAUUAAUAAUGAAGGUAUACUUAAAAAAUCUCAUGCUCGUUUAAUGUACGGCAUGCAAAAUAAUUAAUGCAAAAUUACAAUUGGUUUCAAAAUUUGCCCGACAUUUAGUUUUCUCAUACUUUAAACAUAGAUGAUAAUUUUUGAAACACACUUACAACUGAAAUAACUGUAAGUCCAAAAUAAUAAGUCGUGUGUGAGUGUGUGUGUAUAUUUAUAUAUACAUAUAUAAAUAAUAUAUAUUCAUCAUUUUUACUUUCUGAACUGUUUAUAAAUACUCAUUGAAAAAUAUCAUAAUGUUGUUUGCAAUAGAUAAAAGAGAUUUGAAUUAAAUAAUAUUUAUAUCUUUAUGAUUAAAUCUGUUUGUUAAACAUAAAGUUCUUGAUAUGUUUACAUAUUUUGGACUUAUAGUAAAAGUGUAUGGGUGUAAAAAAUAUUCAUAUGAAACACAUAUCCACACACAACAUAUAGCAGCAAAAUAAUAGGAUUACAUUGAAUACACUACCUCAAAUCAAUAGAAAUAUGGAUUUACAAUAAUAGAACUGCAUCAGUUACGUUUACAUUGUUGUGUUAUUGUUUAUUUAUACAUUUACUGAUAACGUAAUUUUGUUAUGAAAUAUAUGAUACAUAUUAUGCC